UGGUCCAACUUAUCUAUAAAAAGACAUCGUCUCUUGUUCUUUAAAUCCACAUAUCAUCUCUAACUAUCACAAAUUCUCUAUCUCUUUCCUUCUCUAGCUUUUGUUGCGAUACCGUACACAUACGAAGAAGACCGCUCGUGUGUAAAAAGGAUGAGGUGUAGAGCACUUAAUAUUCGGAGAAGGAAGAGAGUGAUGGUUAAUGUGAGCUCAAGGAAGCUCAUGACCCGUCUUCGGCGAAUGGUUGCUCCGGAAACAAGUUUUUCCGGCGAGGUUGUUGACGGUGACACACUUUAUCGGCUCACGGCUGAUCACAUUUUCCUACUUCAAGCAAGAAUCCAACUUCUUCGUCGUAUUUCCUCUGUAUGUGGUCUCUAGAUGGAAGCUACACGUGGCUAUAAAAAGACAAAGCAAUGGUAUAAUUAUGGAUAAACGUAUGUUUUCUCUAUAUGUUCUCUUAAGUUCAUCUUAUAAAUACGUUGUAAUGCAUGCCAACGAUAUGAUCUGAGUGUAUUUAUAUGAAUUUAUGUUUAUGAAUUAUGAUGUAUUUAAUUGUGAACUGUUUUUUUACAUGCAUGCAGCUUUGACCGCA